UGUAACCCCACGUCGAAGCUCCAGGCAGGACAACGGCGGCGGUGACAUGGAUUUUUUUCCAAGGAGCUUCGAGAAAGCGGCGACGACACGAGCUCCGCAUCAGAUGCUGUGACUGCUCCAACCCUGACAAAAAACCCGAGCCGAGCCACACGAGAUAUCCCAGAGCCAUCCGUCACCGAAGCAGCUCCAGAGUCGUCCCUUUCGGUGCUUUGCAAACAUGUCUUUCGGUGGUCAAACGCCCACCAUCAUCGUCCUAAAAGAGGGAACCGACACCUCUCAGGGCAAGGGACAGAUCAUCUCCAACAUCAAUGCUUGCUUGGCUGUUCAGGCAACCAUCAAGUCAACCCUCGGUCCUUAUGGCGGCGACCUGUUGAUGGUGGACGCGAACGGCAAGCAGACGAUCACGAACGAUGGAGCGACGGUGAUGAAGCUUUUGGACAUUGUCCACCCCGCGGCGCGGAUCCUGGUAGACAUUGCGAGGUCACAAGACGCCGAGGUUGGCGAUGGCACGACAUCAGUAGUGGUUCUGGCGGGCGAGAUCCUGAAGGAGGUCAAGGAGCAUGUCGAGAAUGGUGUAAGCUCCCAGAUCAUCAUCAAGGGCCUGCGGCGCGCCUGCUCCGUCGCCGUCAACAAGAUCAAGGAGAUCGCCAUCAGCACCGACGAGGGGAGCCACAGGGAAACGCUGGUCAAGCUUGCAGCCACGGCCAUGACAAGCAAACUGAUCAAGCGGAAUACCGAGUUCUUCACUAAGAUGGUUGUCGACUCGGUGCUAUCUCUCGACCAAGACGAUCUCAACGAAAAGUUAAUAGGUAUCAAGAAGAUCCCGGGUGGCUCGCUCACCGAGUCGCUUUUUGUCAACGGCGUAGCAUUCAAGAAGACCUUCUCGUACGCUGGCUUCGAGCAGCAGCCCAAGUCGUUCAAGAAGCCCAAGAUUGUGUGCCUAAACGUGGAGCUGGAGCUCAAGGCCGAGAAGGACAACGCCGAGGUGCGGGUGGAGCAGGUCGCCGAGUACCAGGCCAUCGUGGAUGCCGAGUGGCAGAUUAUCUUCAAGAAGCUCGAGGCAGUCCACCAGACGGGCGCCAAGGUGGUGCUGAGCAAGCUCCCCAUUGGCGACCUGGCGACGCAGUACUUUGCCGACCGCGACAUCUUCUGCGCCGGUCGUGUGGCGAGUGAGGAUAUGGAACGUGUCGUCCAGGCGACGGGCUCGACGGUGCAGUCGACGUGCUCCGACAUACGACCCGAGCAUCUGGGCACCUGCGGCACCUUCGAGGAGCGCCAGAUGGGUGGCGAGCGCUUCAACUUCUUCGAGGACUGCCCCGAGGCCAAGACGUGCACGCUCGUGCUGCGCGGCGGCGCCGAGCAGUUUAUCGCCGAGGUCGAGCGCUCGCUGCACGAUGCCAUCAUGAUCGUCAAACGCGCCAUUCGCAACCGGACCAUCGUUGCCGGCGGCGGCGCAGUCGAGAUGGAGGUGUCGGCUCACCUGCAUCAGUUCGCCGACCUCAAGAACCAGGCGCACAAGCAGCAGGCCGUUAUCAAGUCGUUCGCCAAGGCUCUCGAGGUCAUCCCACGCCAGCUGUGCGACAAUGCUGGCUUCGAUGCCACCGACAUUCUAAACAAGCUCCGCGUCGAGCACCGCAAGGGACACACUUGGGCUGGAGUUGAUUUCACCAACGAGGGCGUCGCCGACCUCAUGGAGCGCUUCGUCUGGGAGCCAGCCCUUGUCAAGAUCAACGCGAUCCAGGCCGCCACCGAGGCCUGCUGUCUUAUACUCGGGGUCGACGAGACAAUCCGCAAUGAGGAGAGCGCGGCGCCCCAGGCUCCCGGCCAGGGGCUGCCCCCGGGAGCGGCCCAGAGGGCAUUGAGGGGAAGGGGAAGGGGAAUGCCAAGGCGAUAAAUGGCGGAUAAUCAAGAGGUCCAUAUGUCGACUAUCUCUGCUCAGUCUCAAAGUGUAGACAGCGAGAAUGGACUGUGUGAUACCAAACACAUACGUGGUAGUUGAGGAAGAAAAAGAAAGAGAAAAGGACUGGCGCACAUGGUAUAGAUCUGGGUGUAUUCUAGCUCCUGCGGAGUUCCGAACAACCAUGACCAUCACGAUGGUAUUUCAGGGGAUGCACUCGCUGUCCUCAAACGACUUUAUGAUUCUGUCAGCCAUAUUUCCAAGCCAACAAAAAACGGCGGUGACGGCAUGUCGGUCUAUAUAUGGUAUGAUAUGAUAUGAAGAGAUCUGAAAGCAAACAUUACUCUGGGAAAACCCAGGCGGACCGCUAGCCCAACGUAGAUACCUAGGUAGUCCCCAUAUGGUAUCCGCUAAACGCCACCUUUCCCUUCCGG